GUGUUCUUGUAAUCAACACAAACACAGCUUUGUUAUUGUGAAUUUUAUUUCCUUGUAAAUGCAAAACAGUUUGCUUGCAGCAAAUACGCGUUAUGGACGUUUGUUUCACAGUGAUAAUACAAUUAUCCGUUUAAAAUGAGGUCGUCUCUAUUUCGUCGUAAUCAUGUUGUUGAUUCUGAGACGCAACCACUUCUGGCUGCAAUUCCGGCAGUGCCUGGACCCAGCAUCUCCCAAAAUGAGCGUGACGGGAUGGCAAACAUUGGGGUGUCCCACGAUGUGCUGGUGGAGUCUCGGGACACCGGUCGCAAGCUGCCUCAGUACAUCGCUGCACUAGCAGCGACGCUGGGCGCGCUCGCGGCCGGUACCAUGCUCGGCUGGUCGUCGCCAGUCAUCUUCAAGAUCAAGCAGGCCAACAGCACCGACUACGACUUCCCGGUCUCCGAGUCGCAGGGCGACUGGGUCUCCUCCAUGGUCAACCUCGGCGCCGCCGCUGUCUGCUUCCCCAUAGGCCUCAUCAUGGACGCUAUAGGUCGCAAGAAAACUAUGCUGUGCCUAGUAUUACCCUUUACCAUCGGCUGGCUGCUCAUCAUCUUCGCUUCAAACAUUGGUAUGCUAAUGGCUGGAAGAUUCGUCACCGGCAUCGCCGGAGGAGCCUUCUGUGUAACCGCACCGGCGUACACCAGCGAAAUCGCACAAGAUUCCAUCAGAGGAACACUCGGAAGCUUCUUCCAACUGAUGAUCACUGUCGGUAUUCUGUUCGCCUACGCCGUGGGAAGCUACGUCUCGGUCUUAGUGUUUAACGUUCUCUGCGCCAUAAUCCCGAUCAUCUUCGGCGUCGUCUUUUUCUUCAUGCCGGAGAGCCCCAACUUUUUAGUUGUGAAGAAUCGGCCCGACGAGGCGCGCGAUGCCCUCAUCCGUCUCCGCGGCAGGAACUAUGACGUCGACACCGAGCUGAACAACUUGCGAGCGAAGGCCGAGGAGUCGAGGAACAACCCGGUGUCUUUUAGCAGCGCCAUUACAAAGAAGACCGCGUUGAAGGCUCUACUGAUCUGCUACUCGCUCAUGUUGCUCCAGCAGCUGUCCGGAAUUAACGCCGUGAUCUUCAACACGUCGGACAUCUUCGCGGCGGCCGGCGCGGCCAUCCCGGCGGCCAUCGCCACCAUCAUCAUCGGCGUCAUCCAGGUGGUCGCCACGCUCACGUCCAGCCUCGUGGUCGACAAGCUCGGCAGGCGGAUCCUUCUCCUGCUUUCCGCGUUAGUGAUGUGCGUGUGCUCGACGGCGCUGGGCGUGUUCUUCUUCUUGCAAACGGUGCACGGGGCGGACGCGCCGAUCGUGCAGCAGAUCUCGUGGCUGCCUCUUCUGGCGUUGUCCCUGUUCAUCAUAGCGUUCUCGCUCGGAUUCGGGCCUAUUCCCUGGAUGAUGGCGGGCGAGUUGUGCACGAUCGAUAUCAAGGCUUUUGUCGGCUCGACGGCGGGUACCCUGAACUGGCUGCUAGCGUUCACUGUGACCAGCACGUUCAACUCGCUGAACGCGUCGAUCGGGCGCGGGCAGGUGUUCUGGCUGUUCGCGGGCAUCAUGCUGCUCGGGUUCGUGUUCAUCUUCUUCCUGGUGCCGGAGACCAAGGGCCGCAGCGAGGACGAGGUCCAGGUGCUGCUCGGCGCGGAGCCCCGGCAGCGCGUCGAGGAGAAGAAAUAAAUAGACUGACUUUACCAUUUUGUACUGACUUGAGGCGUUUUGCCGUUAGACCACCCUUAGUUUGAGUCAAUUUCUACCCUCGAAAUGCUUUUUAAAUAUUCUUACUUAAAACAAUCCCAGGUGACCGUAUUAUAUUAAUAUUAAAUCUUAUGUGUAAUCUAAGAGAAUGCAUUGUGAGGUUAUGAUUUUAGACUGGGGUGGAUCGUAGCUUCGUUGGCCAAGAAUGCUUUGAGUGACGUUUAUUUAUUGCGUGCGAGUACCAAAGACUUGUCCCGGGCCCCGCGCCGCGGCCGCUUAGUUAAGUCCGAUGUUGAAUUUAUUUAGUUUUAAUGUAUUUAUUAUUAAAAUAUCUAUUGUAUGUUGUUUGAAUGUUUGGCAGCUUGCCGGUUGUGUCAGUUGUGUGGUGUGUAAUGUAACAUAAAAUUCAUUGUAAGUUUUAUUCUCUUGUCUUAUUUGGUUCUUGCUAGCCUCAAAGCAAUAUUUUAUUAUAAUUAAAUAUUUGUGCGUAACAUAAGAAAAUAGCUGGUUAAGGCAAAUAUUAAGCAAGUCCACUUUGGGGUUAGUCAUUUCUAAAUAAGCCAAGAAGACGAAAAUGUCUUUAAACAUUGACAGAGAGGACACAUAUAAGAGAAAUUUUAUUUUCUUUACUUUUACUUUCUUUUUUAUUAUGAACACAAAUGUAGGUACUGAAUGGAAUUAGUAAUAGUUUUUGCGUUUAGCUAAGCUUUAAAAGACCAACGGCAGGCAAUCACCUUGCUACAUCAAGGCGAUAUUGUACUGUACAUCCAUAUCAUCAAAUAUCAAUACACAAACAUAAUUUAGAUAGACUCACUAGAUUGUUGUAAAUUGUAAAAAUGUCGUGCAAAUUAUGAAACCCUAAAAAAUAUGAAAUGUUCUUUGUAGAUUUUAUAUAAAUAUGUAUAAAGGAAAAUGUUAUAAUAAUAUAUUUUGAGAUACAAUUAUAUUUCAAUCAUACUAAUAGGAAAAUAUAUAAACCUAAUAGGGUAAUGUACAGUAUCUAUUGAUGAUGACGUUAGAAAUGAAUGAUAUUAUAGUUAAAUAAAUUAAGUAUAAUUAAAAUUUUGUGAGUGUCUAUGUAAAAUGUGUGCCACUCUAAAGUGAGGAAAAAGUAAUUAAAAUCACGUAGAUGGCGCUAUGGGCCCACAGCCAAUUUUAGUCCAUAUAAAGCUAGUGUUGGUAGGGACUUUGGAGACUGUGC